UCCGCAUCUUUCAACGCCGUCUGGACAGCCACCAUGAACACGGACAUCGGCGCAUCUAGCUUUCGAGCGGGCGGGGCCACUCACCUAGCCAUUCUCGGGUACGACACACUGUGGAUUCAACGGUGGGGUCGUUGGUCGUCCGACGCUUUCGAACGAUACAUCCGCACACAUCCUAGCGUUCAACUCGCGGUGCGGCAGAAUUCCGCUCCUAUUACCCGCCCUGUUGCAUACUAGAUCUCCUAUUUAUCUGUGGCUCAUCUCCGCCUACCUCUUCAUGUAUAUUUGCCAUUUGCUCAAUACAGACGUGCGGGGGACAAAUUUCUCCCCAAAAUCCAUUGAUGGCUGACUAGUACAGCGUGGGGCGAAAAUUGGUCCCCCGACGGC